AUGACGGCACUCGACUUUCAGUUUGUACAAGGAAGUGAACGCCUGGAUUGGGGUGUGCUGGUAAGUAUUGACAUUCAGCGUCUCAUAAAAGACACCAACGUGGAUACUCUACAGCGGGUGGUGGAAAACAUCGCGUUCGCUCGCCUAACACGUGAUGAGGCGGCGAUGUUUACCCCCGACCACUUUAUCCAUCUUUACACACUUUGUCAACUGGUUAUUCAGUAUUUGGUCUGCUCGCAAGAGUGUCUCGCAAAGAUAAACGUAAAACUUAACGAGCGCAUGCAAGAGUCUCAGCAAGGCGUUGAUUCACUGAAACAGGAAUGCGACCGGUUGAAUCAGGAAAACAGCGUUUUGAGGAAAGAGGUGAAGGCACAACGCCGCACGUUGUUGGCAUACGAAUAUAAUAGGGCAGGAAGAAACGCGACGGCGGGCUCAACAUAUAUAUGUCCACAGUGCGGCGAAAUGUAUGGAAAGUGCGAGUCAUUACAAUCACACAUACGAAAGCGUCAUAUGAUGAAGCCUGCAGUAGAAUCGCCGUUAGUACAGGUUCAACCACAGCAACAACCACAAACCGCGCUGGAGCCACCACGACAACCAGAGCAGUGGAAGACCGAUUAUGACCUUAAAAUGCACCAAUUGCAGGAUAAACUGAGUUCGAUAGAGCAACUCCUCGAGAAGGAAAGAGAUAGAAACGAUCGUCUGCAGCGUGAAGGUAUGAUGAUGAUGAUGCAGGCGGCACUGAUUGGGCAGAAGCCGGCCUCUCCAGUACCGCCCUCAGCAGAAGGUGGGAAAGCCAAUGUCCAGGCUGGACAGCCAAUAUCGCCACAACAGCAGAAGUUGGAGCAAACGAAGUCUGAGCCAACUCUUCCGGGGUUGCCGACAGUGCAGGCUGCAGGCGUUGCAGCUCUUCCGCAUCGGAAUUCACAGCAAUCUUUAUUUGCUGUUCCCGUUGUCCCCGACGUCGCAGCACUGCAGCAGUACAACAAUACACGACAACAGGAAGCAAGUAACAGCGCACUUGUCAAACAGGUGGAAGAGUUGCAGAAGGUUGUGAAAAGUUUGAAGGAAGGAAAGCAGUCUGAAUCGGCACUCCCUGCGACAUCAGUGAGUGGGAAUGCUGCGGGACCAUCGGCUUCCCCGUCGUGGCUUACUGUGAACGAAAUGCAGCAGGGUAACGCCGAGAAACCUGCAAUAUCUGCCCUCUUAUCGAGGGCUGCUAACGUAGGUUCUGCGAACACUGCGAAAGUGGGACCUGACACAAAUACAUCAGUGCCUCCGUUGCAAACACAGCCACUCAGAGCUGUGCAAGAGUUAAACCCGCAGUGUGUAGCAAUGACCCAACAACCUCUGAUACAGCAACAGCACCCAUUAGACCUGCAGCGCGAAACGCGCACGCUGCCAACGGCAACACAGCAGUUACCUCUGCAGCAGCCUGUUGCGCUACAUCCUACGGCUUCUGCAACGAUACCAUUAGCACCUCAGCAGGUGCCCCCCGCCACGGCGCAAAUGGUGCAACAGCACCCUUCGGACCCACACUACCAAACACAUGCAUUCCCAACGGCAACUCAGCGUACGUCGUUAGACCAACAACAGCCAAUAACGGGGUUGACGACAAUCACAGCACCACCAAUAGAAUCACCGAAAAUACAAACCGCGCAGCAGACUUCAACUCAUCUGGCAACGCAGCAAGCACCAAACCCGCAGCAUGUACCGUCGACUCAACAGCCCCUGGCACCAGCGUCGAUACAGCAGCAGCAUCCAUUAGUCGAACCAAACCAAAUAUAUGCACCGUCGGCGGUACCACAGCAGUUGCCAUUUCCUGGUGCACGACCGGCGGUGCCGCAGCCCCUGCAACCGCAACCGCAACCGCAACCGCAACUGCUCCCUUCAGCACCACAGGCAGCGACAGCGCCACCGGUGCAACAACAGCAAGAGGUGACGAAAGGAGAACCCCAAACUGUACCGGCGCCUCACACUUCGGUAGCACCUCCUUCCCUAUCUCAGCAACCGCAGCCACACACAGUCACUGAGGUGGUUCACAACACUUCUCACCUCACUGCCGGAGUUGUUGCACCCGUGGAUGUAAUGCCAAUCACUAGCGCAGCCCGCCCUUCAAAAUGUAUCGUAUCAAACUGCGCCUCCUCAAUGGCCAGCAUGGGAUCCCUUCCACAGCUUUUCUCGACGCUAAAACCGCCGGGACAGGUACAGAACUCUGGGAAGAGUUCUUUAUUGGAUGAUAGUCUAUCGGUAAGGCCUAAACCCUCUACUGCGGCUCCAGGCGUGGACUGUCAAGUGGUUCAACACUUGGUUUCGUCCUCUAAACCGUCGACGGCCGCGUCGUCGUGUACGCCGGAAUGGUUAAGGAACGACAGCAUCACUGAUAGCGGCCGGAACGGUGCAACAGGGCGCGGUUAUGCCCCCUCUGGAGGCACUAAUUUUGCAAUCCCAAAAGAAUCUAACGUUGUGCCCACGGCUCCAAUGGAGAGCCCGCCGGGACUGGCUUCCACUACCGGCGUUGCGGUCUCGCCUCCCGGUACUCACCCUAAUGCAGGGUUGGAGACGUCCAAUAGUGUGAUACGAGCAAUUCCGGUACCUGUGCAGCAACACCAACCGGGACCAAAGGUGAUGGUACCUCCCUUUGCUGCAUCACUUCCAGUGCCCGUCCCAACAACUUCUCCUCCAUUGAGCUUGGGAAGCGGUGUUGCGCCUAUGCAUGUGGAAACGGGAGUCGCACAGGUCAGUGCCGACGUGAAAGUUGCCAAUAUUUCUGUCACUGACUUGAGUUCUGGUGGUAGUAGUGUAUGA